UCUCUCACCUUCAAUAUCCCUUCCCAAAAUUGAGGAUCUCUGUUAUCUCCCCUGCAUUCCCAUUUCUUUCUUUCAGUUUUUGUCUUUCCAUCUUUUUUUUUUCUUCCAUUUCUCUCACACAAGAGGGCCCUCUCUCUUAUCACAGAACAACAUGGCGAACGCGGCAUCUGGAAUGGCUGUGCACGACGACUGUAAGCUGAGGUUCUUGGAGCUAAAAGCAAGGAGGAACUUCCGAUACAUUAUCUUCAAGAUCGAGGCGCAGCAAGUGCUGAUAGAGAAACUCGGCAGCCCCGAUGAAACUUACGAGGAUUUCACAGGCUCUCUACCUGCCGAUGAGUGCCGCUAUGCUGUAUUUGAUUUUGAUUUCAUCACUUCUGAGAAUUGCCAAAAGAGCAAAAUCUUCUUCAUUGCAUGGUCACCCGACACAUCAAAGGUGAGAAGUAAGAUGGUGUAUGCGAGUUCCAAAGAUAGGUUCAAGAGGGAACUGGAUGGGAUUCAAUUCGAAUUGCAAGCCACGGAUCCAAGUGAAAUGAGCAUUGACAUUGUAAAGGGUCGAGCAAUUUAGGCGCAUGAAUUCUGCCUAAUUGGAUAUCUUACAUUGCUUUACAAUUACAUAUGUGAGCAUGGUUUUUAUUUAUUUUUUGUAUUCAUCCCUUUUCUCAAACUUCUACGAUUGAAUGGCUUUUUUGUACUAAACAAUGUAGUAUAAUUUGAUGUAAU